AUGUCUUUAUCCUGUCCUUAGGGAUAGUUUGAUAAUGAUGGGGUUUGCUAACCUUGUUCUAGCUGCAAUUUUUGUAACUCGUUAGAAAAUUACAAUAAUUAGAGGGAUUGUUUUCUAUGUUUAUCUAAGCCGCCAUACAGCUUAACUUAGAGAUUGGAUGGAUCAUGCUAAAAAAAUUGUCCACCUGGACUUACUUAUAAUGUCUGGAGUCUAGCAUGUACAAAUGGUUGUGACACAUCACAAUGCGUUUGUAAUAAUUCAAAAUGCGAUUCUUGCUUGAAUAGUUCUUAUACAAUUUAUCCUGAUUACAAUACUUGUUAUUUGUGCUUGAAUAAUUCUACUUAGAUAGGGAAUUUAUGCUUAAAAUGCAAUUUGAAUUAAUUUGUUGAUCUUCCCAAUAAAAAAUGCACUAACUGCGAUAAAUAUGGUCCUUGUGAGAAAUGCGAUCAAAAUAGAUGCUUAUAAUGCUACUCUUCAGCAUGCUACAAUGGAUUUGAUAGAAUAUAAUGUAUAAUUGUUUCAUUUGAUAUGUUUAAAGUUGGAGACAUUUGCUUUAAUAAGCAGUCAUCUUGCAAGACAUACUCAUAGAAAUCUUUAAAAGAAGAUAAGAAGCAAAUUAUUUGUGACGAAUGUGUUGAUCCAAGUUAUGUUAAAUAUGAUGAUGGUUCAUGCUAAAGCUAAUGCUCUUUGAAACAUGAAAUUUUUGAUGGUGUUUGCUCGCCUUGUUCUAAUAACUGUCUUAAAUGCCCAAAUCUAAAUGAAUGCACAUAAUGCGAAAAAAAUAAGUUUAUUUUUAACAAUUCUUCUUGUGUUUCUGAAACAGAAUGCAAAAAAAAUCCAGAAUAUUAUGUAAAUACUGUAUCAAAAACAUGUGAAAAGUGCUAAACUGACAAUGGUUUCUUUUUCUCUGGAGGUAAGUGCUAGAAAUGCCACUCCUCAUGCAAAUAAUGCUCAGGAAAUUUAUACAAUUAAUGUUCUUCAUGUUAUGAUGGGUCUGUUUUGUUGAGUGACAACACUUGUUUUACAUGUAUGGUUAAUGAUGGAUACUACUUAGACAAGUCCAAUAACUGCAAUCAAUGCCAUUAUUCUUGCAAGACUUGCAAUGGAGGCUUGGACUCAGAUUGUUUAACUUGUAAAGGAAAUUUUGUUUUAGAUUCUUUGUCUAAAAAAUGUAUUUGCAAGAUUAAUAACUGCAUAACAUGUUCUUCAGAUGGUUCCAUAUGCGAGAAAUGUAUCGAAGGAUAUGCUGGAGCUGAUUGUUUAGAAUGCAACAAGGUAACUUUAGGCAAAUACAUUGAAAAUAAUACUUGCAAAGAUUGCAAUAGUUCAUGCAAGACAUGUGUAGGACCACUUGCAACAGAUUGUAUUGAAUGCAAAAGAGAGGCAUAUAAGGUAGAUCCAUCAAGUAAAUUAUGCUAAUGUGCAAUAAAUAACUGCUAAUAAUGUAAUACAGAAGGUACUGAAUGCUUGAAAUGUAUUGGAGGAUAUGCUAAAAAAGAAGGUCAAUGCAUUUUUUGUGAUGAAUAAAAUGGGUUUUUUAUUGAUUUGAAUAAUAUAUGCUAAAAAUGUCAUUCGAGUUGUCUUAAAUGCAAUGGACCUAAUGAAAAUAACUGUUUAUAAUGCAAAAAUAGUGGAUUUAAAUUAGAUUUAGCAACUAGUAAAUGUAUUUGUACAAUAGAAAAUUGUGUUUAAUGUUCUGAAGAUGGCCAAUCUUGCUAGAAAUGUAUUGAUAAUUAUACAUAUGUGAAUAAGGUAUGUACCCUAUGUGACUUAAACAAUGGUUAUUAUCUUGAAAGUGGUAUUUGUAAAAAAUGUGACGAGUCUUGCGGUAGUUGCUUAGGGCCUACAAAAUAUGAUUGCAAAACAUGUGUGUAGAAAGACUUUAAAUAUGAUCCAAAAUAAAAAUUAUGUGUUAUUGAAAACUGCAAAACCUUAUCUGGUAUGAAUUGCGUUGAUUGUUAAGAUGGGUUUGUGUUGAAUAAGAACUAAUGCAUUUUUUGUGACACUUCAAACUAAAAGUACAUUUAAAAUAAUAGCUGCUUAUAAUGUCAUGAAAGCUGUAAAACAUGUCAUGGUCCUUCUGAGAGAGACUGUGAUGUUUGCUAGAUCGCAUUAUUUGAAAAAGACAAAAAUAAUAACAACAUAUGUUCUUGUGCAAUAAAAAAUUGUAAAUCUUGUAGUAGUGAUGGAAGUAAAUGCUUAGAGUGUCUUGAUAAUUAUGUAAAUAAGAAUGAUUCAUGUUAGUUUUGUGAUGAGCAAAAUGGUUAUCACUUUAAUAAAAUUUCAAAUAAAUGUAAUAAAUGUCAUGAAAGUUGUAAAACUUGUUAUGGCCCAUCAGAUGCAGAAUGCAAAGAAUGCAUCAAACAGUUUUAUAAGCCAAAUAAAAAUAAUAAAUACUUGUGUUAGUGUGUAUUAGAAAAUUGCGAAAAAUGCAAUGAAGAUGGAAGUAAGUGCUUGAAAUGUGAAGAUAAAUACUUUAUCGAUAAAGGAAUCUGCCAAUAUUGCGAUAUUAAUUCAUUUAAUUAUGAUAAAAUAAAUUAAAAAUGCUAUAAAUGCCACUCUUCCUGCUUAACUUGCAAUGGACCAACAGAAAAAGAUUGUACAAAAUGCAUAAAUUCUAAUUUUAUUCAUGACCCUUCUAACUCUAACAUUUGUAAAUGCAAAAUAUAAAACUGUUAAAAUUGUUCUUAAGAUGGAAGCCAAUGCUUGUAGUGUGCUGAUAAUUUUAGUCCAAACUAGCAGAAAACUUAAUGUGAUUACUGUGAAACUAAAAAUUAAUUUUUCAUUGAAAAAUCUACAAAUUCUUGUUUAAGUUGUCAUGAAGACUGCAAGACAUGUGUUGGCUAGCAAAAAAAUGAAUGCACAAAUUGCAUGCACAAAGGAUAGACAUUAAAUGAAAAAAAUAUCUGUUCUUGUCCAUAAAGUGAGUGUUUAUUCUGUCAAAUUGAUACAAACACUUAAAAAAACAAAUGCAGAUGCGAAAAAUGUUAUUGUAAAGUUGAAAACUGUGAAAAAUGUAGCUAAUAAGAUGAAAAUACUUGUGAAAAAUGCAAAGAUGAUUUUAUUUUGAUGGAAAAAGGAUAAAAAUGUUAACAGCUAACUCAAUGCAAAGUAGAAAACUGCUUAGAAUGCUCACUUAACUCAGAAAAUUCAUGUGAAAGAUGCAAAUAAAAUUAUCAAUUAAAUAAAAUCAAUAAAUGUGUUGAAAUAGUAAAAGAAGAAUCAUAUUAAUUUAAUUCAAAAAUUCAAGUAACUAAUGAUGGAUAUAAAAUAACAUUAUAAUUUUAACAACCACUUUAAUUCAAAGAUGAUAAUUUGAAAAAUAUUUUCUCUAUCGAAAUAACUCAAAUAAGUAGCUCUGAUUAUUAGUAUGAAAUACAAAAGAUAUCUGAAUAGCAAAUUAAAAUUAACAUUUCGUUAAAUAUUGCAUGCAAAGAAGAAACGAUGCAUUUGAAAAUAAAAGACGAAAAAUUUAUUUAAUUGAAUCAUCUCUCUAAAACAGAAGAUUCUUUGCUAUUAGACAAUUAUGUAAAGCUAACAGAAGAUCAAAAGUAAUAACAAAAAGAAAUUCAAACAGCAAGCUAAAGUAUUACCUCUACAGUUGUGGGAACAAUUAUACCUUUGGCACUUCUUGGUAACUUUUAUAUUGUUUUUAGCAUGCUCGAUAUUACAGGAUUGAUCUAUUAUCUCCUUUAUCUAGACAUAAGAUAUCCUUUUAACGUGACCAGCUUUUGCAAUUUAUUUUAAAAUUUCUAAUUUGCUUUCGUCCCAAACAUGCUCUUACAGUUCCUAGACCCAAAUUACACUCAAUGGGCUCCAAAGAAAUUCAUAGAAAAUUAAUCAGAUGGCUAUUUUCUUCAUGGAGCAGGACAAAGUUUUACAAUCAUAACAAUUAUAAUGUCUAUAUACUUUGGUCUAAAAAUACUUCAACUUGUACCUAUUAAAGCUUUUUAGUAAUAUAUUAACCAAAAAGUAAAAGGAGGAUGGGAAUACAGUGGAUUUCUAGAUUUAAUUUGGACAGUUUAUCUCUACGUCUUAGUCUCUUCGCUGUUGCAAGUUUUCACUUUUGAAAUUUAUGAUAAUUCUUCGUAUAUUAACUACAUUCUAUUUGUAAUAUGCUUUAUAGCUGUUUUUGGUAUCCCUAUAAAAUUUACAUAAAUAUUGUACAAAUCUAAAAACACAAAAGACGAUGAAUUUCUAAAUUAAAGACUCAGUUCUCUUGUGGCAGGUUUGAAGCUUUUUAAUUAAGAUGAGAAUACAAACGAAGAAUGCCAAAAUUUAGAUAAUCAAAACUAAAAUGAAGAUGAUGAAUUCGUUGAAGAUAAAUAAAACAAAGAAAAUAAAUUAGCAGAAGGCUAAACAGUUAAUAAUAGAGUUGAAAUUAAGGUAAUAUCGCCUAAAUAAUAAAGUAGACAAUAAGAUUUAAGUUUUUAAUAAAUCUAAAAUGUAAACAUGCAAUAAAUUACAUAAGAUUUAAACAUACUUUAAAUCUAAGACUCAAACAUGCCUUAAAGUAUGAAUUUGAAAGAUUAGUAAAGUCAAAUUGAGAAUUGUAUUGAAUAAUAAGCAGUAGCUGAUGGAUUUGACAACUAAUUUAAUUAGAAUUCAGCAAAAUUCAUUGAUCAACCUAAAUAAAUUUCAAAUAUCUUUGGAUCUUAAAGAAUGUCUUUAGCAAAUCUUUUGGAAAAAAAAUCAACAAGGGAACUUAUGCAAAUGAAAUAUAGCAAGUACACAAACAUGGUUUUGUAUUACAGAAAGAUAAUUUUUUCAUGUAUAAUUGUUUACCUUCAUGAUUAUACCUAUGUCUAAAUAGCAUUGCUCUCAGUUUUAACUUUGUCUGUAGCAAUUUUCUAUUUGUAUAUAAUGCCUUAAGUUAGUUAUUUUGAUAACCUCAAAAACGGAUUAAGUGAAUUAGUUUUAAUUAUCAUCAUUUUUUCAGCCAGCCUUUUAAAGAACGACCCCAAAGACCAAUCAGAAGAAGACAGAAUUAAGAUAGGAUGGAUCUUUGUAUCUUGCACAUCCCUCAUAAUUACAGUUUAAGCCUUAGAUUUGAUAUUUGAGCUUUGUAGAAAUCUUCUGCAAAGCAUCUUGUCUAUUUUCAGAAAAAAGGUACCAAAAACAGUGCCAAUUGUUGAAGAGAAAAAAGUGAAAAAAAGAAGACCAAGUUGCAAAUCAAAUCAAAAGUUUGCUCUUUAGGCAAAUAAUAUCUAAUUGUAAAGCAAUAAAUUUAUUAGCUCGUAAUUUAGCUUAAAGAGCAUCGACCAGAUAAGUAAACAAGAAGAAUAAAACCCUUAAAUGUUUGGAGAGUCUCCUUGCCGUACUAGAAUAUUAGAUGAUUUUGAGUCAUCAAGCCCAGUGAAAUCUUAAAGAAAAAGAAGAACUCUUAAACUGCAAACCUAAUUAAAACAGGUUUCAAUCAUUCCAAUAAACGUGUAAAGCAGCAACUUAAACGCAAAUAUACAGUCUUAUGAUUAAGAAAUACAGUUAUUUGACUAAACAAACAAUAUUUAACCAGCAUCUGCCUCAAGAUCUUUCAUUUAAGAUAUAACUUCUAGACAAUUUACAAAAAGAUGA